CCCCUCCCACAUUUCCGUGUUUGCGCACUGGCGACAAAACUUCGAAGUUGUGUGAAGUAGUUCUGGUGUUGAUGAUCCUACUGAUCCGGUCUACCUAUCCUCCUGAUCCGGACUACCGAUCACCCUGAUCCGAAUACCGAUCACCCUGAUCCCGCUAUGAGCGCAGCACCGGUCCUGUCCGGAGACCUGGAGGAGGACCUGGACCUCGAGGAGGACGAGGACCUGGAGGUGUUCAGCAAGAAUCCGUCGCUGGCAGUUGGCAGCUCAGUGUCCUCGUCCGUGGUCCAGGGGUCCCUGGUCCACUCCCCCGGGGCCCUGGUCCGGUCCUCAGGGUCCAUGGUCAACCAGUACGGCCUGGAGGAGGACGAGGACGAGGAGGCCAGGGGAGGGGUCCCCACCAGAGACCUCUUCGUCACCGUGGACCACCCUGAGAGUCACGUCACGGCUAUCGAGACCUUCAUCGUCUACCGGGUGCUGGCACGGACCACGCGCGGGGACUUUGACUCCAGCGAGUAUGAGGUGCACCGGCGGUACCAGGACUUCCUGUGGCUGCGGGGCAAACUGGAGGAGGGCCACCCCACACUCAUCAUCCACCCGCUGCCGGAGAAGUUUGUGAUGAAGGGGCUGGUGGAGCGCUUCAGCGAGGACUUCAUCGAGACGCGGAGGCGCGCUCUGCAGACCUUCCUCAGCAAGACGGCCGAGCACCCGAUGCUGUCCCGGAGUCCCCAGCUCAAGGUCUUCCUCACUGAGCAGGACCUGAUGGCCAUCAAGAAGCAGGGACCCAGCUUCCUGAGCCGGAUGGGGGACUCGGUGCGGGCGGCGGCCAUUGCGGUGCGGGGCGUCAGGGCCCGGCCCCAGGAGUUUGGGGCCAUGCAGGAUUACGCCGACGAAUUCAGCUGCAAGAUGUCCGCCCUGGACAAGGUCACCCAGAGGAUCAUCAAGGAGCAGAACGAGUACCUUGAGGAGCUGAGUCAGUACGGGCCCCUCUACAGCCAGUGGGCGGAGCUGGAGGCGGACCUGGCGGAGCCGCUGAGGGGCGUGGCCGGCUGCCUGGACCUGUGCGGCAGAGAGACGGAGGAGCAGCUCCGUCACCUGACGGAGGUGCUGCAGCCCACCCUCCAUCAGUACCUGCUCUGUGCGGACACACUGAAGACAGUGUUGAGGAGAAGGGACCACAUCCAGGCUGAGUUUGAGGCCAAGAACGACACGCUGGCCUCUUCGGCGGUCUCAAAGAAAGGCGACCUGGAGACGCUGAAGGAAGAGGCAGCCGGCCUGGAGGAGAGGGUGGAGUCGGCCAACAGCGCCCUGAAGGGGGAUUGGGCGCGCUGGGGCGACGCCAUGAGGUACGACCUCCGAGAGGCGCUGGUCUCCACCGCCGACAAGAACCAGGACUACUAUGAGAAGUGUCUGGCCGUGUGGGAGACGUUCCUCCUGUCCCAGAAGACCCCCCCCGGCCAGGAGGAGGAUUGAACCGGCCCACCAAAUAAGGACACCCCCCUCCUCACAGACCAAGACUCAAGUGCCAAAGUACACUGUGCCAUGAUCAGAUAAUAAAGUAUGACACACGCAAAGGCACACACUCACGGGAACAAGCCAAAGAGCAGGGUGAACGCUAACCUCACUUCCAUGAUUCCUAACCUGGAUCAAGCUUAGCUUUAGCAUUCCAAAUACAAGGUGUUGGAUCAGGAAGACGCUGCCUGCCUGACGCGUCUUCUGGGACACACGGCCUGUUGAUGAGGUCCUCAACCGGUCUGAUCCUGAUGCCAGCCAAUCAAACUAUGAUUCCGAAGUCUGGUCGAUCUGCCUAGCCCAGUUUUGGCUCGUCUGACAUUUCUCAGAGAUGGGAGGUCGGCCAGUCUGAAUCCAUUUGACUAAUGUUUUAUACUCUUUCGAUUUGAUUCCUUUUAUUGUUUUUGUAAAAAGGUAGACAUUUUAGUUGCUGAAAUGCAGCAAUGAAAUUAAAAGACACUUUGGUACAUGAAAAUGGAA